CGGGUUUGUCAAAAGAGGAUGUCAAGUGCUUUACAAUACCUGGGAUUGAUGAGGCGGGCGGGCCAAUGAACUGCGCGCGGCGUCUCGGCGCGCCCUCAGUUGGCGCGGCGACUGCGGGCGGGGGGGAGUGAGGACGCACCAAUGGGCGCCCUCGUCAGCAGCACGUGACACCUCCCCCUGCUCCCAUUCAUCAAGGGGGGGACGGUGUCUUCCUUUCAAUUCAUUUAUCUGCAGGAAUGAUUGCUGCUAUCAGUCUCGCGCUCACCGCCCGGCUGAGGAGGUGAAAGUUUCUCCCCAGGAAGAUAAACCGCAAAAGACAAUAUUGUGCAUGAUUUGAGCCUUUUCUUUGGCUUUUUCUUUCUUUCUUUUUAGCUCCCCCCUUUUCAGUAUUAUUAUUUUAUUAUUAUUAUUUUUUUGGCAAAAAGCAGAGGGGAAAAAGGAGAGUGAACGAGCGAGAGAGGCGAGCCUGAGAGAAAAGAGAGAGAGAAAAGAAAGGGCGAGGGGCUAGUGGAGAAGUGAGGAGGGGCGUACGGCGCGAGGCGGAGAGAGAGCGAGCAGUUGCGGCUCCUGCGCUCACAUUCCUCUAUGCCACAAAUCCGAGAGGAAGUUUUUUGGGGGGGCUGAGAUGCUACAUGGCUUUCCCUGGGCAGCUUUGACGCGGGGUACUCUCGGCAAAGACUGAGCGGCGAGAAAGUGCAAGCCCGGCCGGCGGGGUCUGCUUGGCGGGCGCCAGAGCCCGCCUUGCUCGCGGCCCGCAGCCGUCCGGCUUCCCCGCGCUUGACCAGGCGGGCUCCCCCGCGCGCAGCGCGCUGCCUGCGGGCUAGGACUUCGCGAGGUGGGUCGACUCCUCCUCCCUCCUCUUCUUCUUCCUCCUCUUCCUCCGCCUCCCAUUCCUCCUCCUCCUCCUCCUGAUUUUCCCUUCUCGGCGGGCGAGGGUGGGGGGGGCGGGGGAGGCCGGGGCUCGCCCGGAGCAGCCACGAUGCUCCUGGACGCCGGCCCCCAGUACCCUGCAAUCGGCGUGACCACCUUUGGCGCAUCCCGCCACCACUCCGCGGGCGACGUGUCCGAUCGCGACGUAGGCCUGGGCAUCAACCCGUUCGCCGACGGCAUGGGAGCCUUCAAGCUCAACCCCAGCUCGCACGAGCUGGCUUCCGCGGGCCAGACAGCCUUCACGUCUCAGGCGCCCGGCUACGCGGCGGCCGCGGCCCUUGGCCAUCAUCACCACCCGGGCCACGUCGGCUCCUAUUCGAGCGCAGCCUUCAACUCCACGCGGGAUUUUCUGUUCCGCAACCGGGGCUUUGGCGACGCGGCGGCAGCAGCCAGCGCUCAGCACAGUCUAUUCGCUGCUUCAGCAGGGGGUUUCGGGGGUCCACACAGCCACACGGACGCCGCGGGCCACCUCCUCUUCCCCGGCCUUCACGAGCAGGCGGCGGGCCACGCGUCGCCCAACGUGGUCAACGGGCAGAUGAGGCUUGGCUUCUCGGGGGACAUGUAUCCGCGGCCCGAGCAGUACGGCCAGGUGACAAGCCCGCGUUCGGAGCACUAUGCCGCGCCGCAGCUGCACGGCUACGGGCCCAUGAACGUGAACAUGGCCGCGCAUCACGGCGCCGGCGCCUUCUUCCGUUACAUGCGCCAACCCAUCAAGCAGGAGCUUAUCUGCAAGUGGAUCGAGCCGGAGCAGCUGGCCAACCCGAAAAAGUCCUGCAACAAAACUUUCAGCACCAUGCAUGAGCUGGUCACGCACGUCACCGUGGAGCACGUCGGCGGACCUGAGCAGAGUAACCACAUCUGCUUCUGGGAGGAAUGUCCACGCGAGGGCAAGCCCUUCAAAGCCAAAUACAAACUGGUCAACCACAUCCGCGUACACACGGGAGAGAAGCCCUUCCCCUGCCCCUUCCCAGGCUGUGGCAAGGUCUUCGCUCGUUCAGAGAACUUAAAGAUUCACAAAAGGACACACACAGGGGAGAAGCCCUUCAAGUGCGAGUUCGAGGGCUGCGACCGACGCUUUGCCAAUAGCAGCGACCGCAAGAAGCACAUGCACGUGCACACCAGCGACAAGCCCUAUCUUUGCAAGAUGUGCGAUAAGUCCUACACACACCCCAGCUCGCUGCGCAAACACAUGAAGGUCCACGAAUCCUCCUCUCAGGGCUCGCAGCCUUCGCCGGCCGCCAGCUCUGGAUACGAGUCCUCCACGCCGCCCACCAUCGUGUCUCCCUCCACAGACAACCCGACCACCAGCUCCCUGUCGCCCUCCUCGUCCGCGGUCCACCACACAGCCGGCCACAGCGCGCUCUCUUCCAAUUUUAAUGAAUGGUACGUUUAAAAUCAGAAACAAAACGCCGAUCAAAACCCUAUUUAAGAGACUGAACACACACGUAUGCAAAAUAUUACUGAAAGAACACUGCGAAUCAAAACAGCUCCCCUAUCCCGCAAUACUAUUUUUUUGAAUCUGCCAGUAGACCCGGGACCGAGUAAGAGAUAAAGCACCAAAUCUUUAAUAUCCCCCUCUUUUUCCUUUUUCCCCCCGCUCUUGGCAUUGGCUUGGUAGCCAAGGGGCGGGGUGGGGGUCGGGGAGAAGGCGGCCGCCUGACCAAAUGCUGCCAACCCGGUAGGCCAGUUUCUCAUCAGAAUUGGAACAGGCUCUCUGGGCUUCGGCUUUUUUUUUCUUUGCAUUCUUGUAAAUACAGAAUUAUUAGCUUAAAACUGUACUGUUGGAUUCUGUAAAUAGUUAUAUCUCAGUUGGAUCGGGAGGGUGGGAUUGUGGC